AUCACCUUCUCGUGCGCUUACAUCUAGGUCUGUCCUCCGGAUCGCAAUGGAUGCCGACAUAGAGGUCGGCUCGUCCGCCGCACAGGCUUUGCGGGAGUCCUUUGGUGAUCGAAAACCCAUCGAUAUCAGCCGGAAAAUCACUGCCUGUGUGGCCUGCCGGAAACAGAAAAUCAAAUGUCACAUGACAGACGGGACACCGCCGUGUACGCGAUGUAGGAAGAGAGGAUUGUCUUGCGUGGUGAAUCGAAGCCUACAGAUGCUCUUGGAGGGCGACGUGGCCUGGAAGGCCAACAUCGAGCAGAAGCUACGACAACUGGAGGACAACAUCGGCAGACUCAACCGACAAUGCAAUGUUUCUGGGUCGACCAGUUCGACGUACGUUAGUCCUCAGGAAAACAAUACCCCGGCUCAAAUCCAGUCAACAACUUCGGGAGGAGUCAUGGCAGCCCCGACACAGCAUCACCAUCCACAGGAGAAGCAACAAAACGAGCAAGGCUGGGAAGUUGUGAUGGACUUGAACAGAGGCCCCGGGGUCGUUCCCGCGUCGGUGGUCUCUGAGGUUUCUGACGCUUCGCCGAGUGCCUUCCGGAGCCAAAUGGCUGGUGAUUUCGACAUCAUAGAUUGCGGGGUCAUCAGCAUGGUCGAUGCCGAGUCCUUCUUUACGCUAUACUAUCAACGCCUGGAUCAUUUCCUUUACAGAAUUUUGGACGAGCAUGACUCAUUGUCGAGUGUCAGGAAGAGCUCACCUCUUCUCACUGCCGCAAUCUGUGCAGUCGGAGCUCUUCAUACGCCCUCCUCGCACUAUCAAGCAUGCUACCAACACUUUGUCAAUUUGGCUUCGACGAGGAUGUUCUCCAAGAGGAACAACCAUGAUGACGUGAGGGCUCUCUGCAUCGGUGCUUUUUGGUUGAGUGACAUCUCGUGGACGUUGGUUGGCACAGCCGCCCGUCUUGCUGGAGAACUGAACCUACACCGAUGUAUACCCAAAGCGCCGCAUGAGAAAAAGGCUUGCUACCUCCGCACCCGCCUUUACUACCUCGUCUUUGUUUGCGAUCAUCACUUCUCGAUCACGUACGGGAGGCCACCAUUGACCCGCGACUUCAGCUCUGUCACUCCGCCCAGCGAAUUUCUCAAAUCCGAAUUUGCCACCGAGGAAGACUCUCGACUUGUCAGCCAGGUCGAAGUCUGGACCAUCACCACUCGCGUCUUUGACCAGUUCAGUCUUGACCCGGAAGCUCACUUGUCCGAGCAAUUGACCCCUCACAUUCGCAGACUGAGUAUCGCCUUGGACACGUGGAGAGCGGACUGGCAGGAACGGUUUGGCUACAACUCUUCGGUCGGGAACUAUCCACGGAAAGGAGUGGGUUUACAUUAUCACUUUGCAAAACUAUAUCUCUGUUCCCACGUGUUCCGGCGGGCCCCUUCUCCCAACGACGAACAAGUCCAACUUGACUCGGACCUGGAAGAGUUUGCAAACAUGGCCAUUCAUUCUGCAACAUCAAUCCUGGCCGUGAUCGUCGCAGAUCAGGAAAUACAGUCCUACCUCCAAGGACUGCCUGCCUAUUUCGACACCAUGAUCGCAUUUGCAUUUGUUUUCCUAUUAAAAGUCACCAUCAAAAACCCCCUGAGUCUCAGAAUCGACAAAGAACCCAUCAUGGAGACCCUGGACAGCCUGGUAAAAGUGCUAAAGAACAUUACAGCAAGCAUGCACCCUCGCCAUUUGUUGACCAGUAUCGCGAGCAGCAUGCAAAAGCUUCUGGAGCGCUUCUCACACCGGCCUCCUAUACCAGAAGGAGAUGUUUCAGCACAGCCUGUGGUUCCUUCCGGCCCCUCCGUUUCCUUCGAUCCAGACACCCAAUGGUUGAGUCCAACGGACGCGAUGUUUCUUGAGAAUUACGACUUUUUGUACUCUCCUGGCGCUGAAUUCAACUUCGAUCUAGACUUGAACGCAAUGCAGACACAUUGAGCUUUGCAAACAGCUCAGUAGUUCAGAAGGACGUCGAAGAUGUCGUAGUUGUGCCACUGUCGAUCACCAGUCUGGUCCUUGGUUGGCAAAGACCUCAGCAGGGGAAUUUGUUGCUCAGAAAGGCCGCCGUGCGAUCGGAGUCGAUGA